UUCACUAGUAAACAAGGGGAAAAAUGAAACGUGGAAAAUGAAGUGGAAUCAUAUGAAACAUUCCAUCAUUUUGAUAUUUUUUGUUUGUUUGAUUGGGUGUGUGAUUUGUACAGAGAAAGCAGAAGGUCUUUACAGCCCAACGAGCUCAGUUUUUAUACUGAAUCAAAAUAAUUUUCACCAAAAUGUGUUGAGAUCUGACAGCGGUUGGAUUGUGGAAUUUUACAACAGCUGGUGCGGUCAUUGCAUUAAAUUUGCCCCAACUUGGAAGGAAUUUGCAAAGAAACACGAAGAUUGGUGGCCGUUGCUAAGAGUAGGGGCAGUAAACUGUGCAGAUGAACUCAACGUUGAGUUGUGCAGAAGUUUUCACAUUGAAGGGAUCCCAGCUUUUAUGUUGUUUCCACCAGGUUACAAGGGAAUAGAGACAGGUGGUAUAUUCCAUGACCAAAAUAAAGAAUUCUUAGAACACAAAGCUCUGGACUUCAUCUCUAACUCAACACUGUUUCAACCACCAAAGUUCUGGCCACGACUUUAUCCAAUUGUGUCAAUGCAAGAUAUCUGGAAUGAAACAAAAGAUGAGCACCAUUUUGUGGCAUUUAUAUUUGAAGAGCCCGGCUCUUAUAUUGGUAGACAGGUCAUUCUGGAUACAAUUGGCUAUAAACCUUUACUUGUUAGAAGAAUGUUAAAAGAAUCAGUACUGAAGUUUGGUAUCUUGAAAUUCCCGUCACUGUUCCUCAUCAACAGAGAUGGUACUUUCACCAGACUUGCCAAGGAUGAUAAUACUAGAGAUGGUAUGGUGGCUGCUUUGAAAAACUUACUGUCACCUGCUCAACUUAAGGCCGGGGAAAAGUUCUUAAAUCAGAGACCAAGGAACCAGCUCAAUGACAGCAAGAAAGAAGGGGAACCAGCAGAUAAUAGUAGUAAAGUUAUAAGACCUGCAGUUUAUAUGAAGGACCUGGAAUCUACAUUACAUUACGCCCUUAGACAGGAGAUAGCAAUAUGUCAGGCAUUAGAUGGAGACAAACUUACUGCAUUGAAAAAGUUUAUGAAUGUUUUAUCUAAGUAUUUCCCUGGACGAGAGGAGGUUUCUGAUUAUUUGUUUAGGAUAUCUGCAUGGUUAAGGACAACCAGUACAGAAAUUACUGGAGACCAGUGGAUAACAUCAUUAGAUGAGAAACAGACGAUGGAAGAGUAUCUUCCUGAGCAUGUUAAGUGGGUUGGAUGUAAAGGGAGUGAACCACGGUUUAGGGGAUACCCAUGUGGCAUGUGGACACUAUUUCAUACUCUAACUGUGGCAGCAUUUCAGAAAGAACAAGCAAAUCCUAAAGAUGUACCUCUUGAUGUCCUUGAUGCAAUACAAGGCUAUAUGAAAUAUUUCUUUGGUUGUCAAAUUUGUGUUGAGCAUUUCCUCAAAAUGGCUCACAAGAUUACUCCUGCUGACAAAACGCCAGAGGGCGCAGUUUUGUGGUUAUGGCGUGCACACAAUAUGGCUAACAGCCGACUCCAUGGAGACCAAUCAGAAGACCCUAAACAUCCAAAGAUCCAGUUUCCAUCCAAAGAAUUAUGCCCGGAGUGCCAUAAUGGUGGGAAAUGGAAUGAUAAGAACGUUCUUGAGUUCUUACUUUCAUUUUAUGGCAGAGUUAAUAUUGUGCCUGUAGCAGACGACAGUAAGAAUGACUCAGCAGAAAAGACCACCGCAGCAAAUGAGAACAAGAAACUUGAUUGGUGGGAAUUACAACAAAGGAAAAAUGACCUGGAAAAAAUCAGGUCGUUACGAAAUCAGAAGUUAGAGAAGAGACAGCAGAAAAAGAUAUAAUUGACAAGCUUUAUGUUCCAUGUAAUUAUGUUUUUGUAUUCUCUGCUUGAUGGUGAUAAGGGUUCAAAUUGAUCUGUGCGCAUAUUGUUUUUCUCCUGUUUGACUGCAUGUCUGUCGGCAUGUGUGAAUGUGGCUAAAACAUAUUCAUAUUAUAAGUAAGAGUUGUAUAGCACAACAUAGCAUACCUUUGAAUGACAACAUCAUUUUUGAACUAUUGAAAUAUUCCUCGAUGUAAAUGAUACUGACCUUCAAGAUUAAAUAUUCAAAAUUUAAAGAAAAUUUGCAAUAAUUUUGUUUCAGAUUUACUGUUUGUGUAUGGGGCAUUUACAAUUUACAAAGCAUUGUCUGUCCUGUUUUGCAUUUAGAACAUUGUACCAGUAGAACUUUGGCAUGUGUGUUUUAUGUGUAUGCCUUGUUUUUUUCAUUAUUUCUCUUUUUCAUAUGAUAAAUACUUACUCAGUCUAAGUAACUUACAUAUCUUUUGAUUUGUUUUUGUGUUAUGCAUGAUUAAUGAAUGAAUCAUAUCAUUUUCUGAACAUUCUUUGUAAUUGUUUGUUAUUUAUUAUUCUAUGAUACAUAUUCUUUUUUGCCCGACCAAAAAUCUGCUAUUAUUAUUAUAAUAUUUAAAGGUUGUUAACCCUGACGCAGCAAAAUUUAAAUAAUGGAUAUAUGGAUAUGUCCCACAAGUGGAGCCGCCUAUUAUUGAUUACAGGGGUGUCAAAAUACUAGACUAUACUGUAAACAAACAAAACCAAUUUGUCAUUUUUGUUUUGAAGCCCCCUUAGAUUUUACAAUAGAAAGGUCCUGAUUCCAAGCUGGACAAGUCCAUUAUACAAAUUUAUGGGUGUUAGUGUGAAAAUAAAUAUAUUUUAAGAAAUGAAAUUGGUUUAAGAUUUUUAUCAGUGUCUGUGUGUAAAAUUUUAUUUUAUUAAGAAAGAAAGCUAAUAAAACAAAAUCUAGAGUGUGGUGCAAUAAUGAAUUAAUUCAGCAUUAAAACAUUUUAUAUUUAACUAACAGAAAGUGAUCUACCAUUGUGACAAUGAUCAAGGCCAGCCUGUACAUCACUGCGGUCUAACUAGGCUCUAUACUGUUGGUAGCUCACAUUUUGUAUGUGAAUAUUGACAUCCCUAAACUGUGAAUGGAAUAUUCCAAAUUCAAAGCUGGACAGAUCCAUUACACAAAUUAGAAGGUUAAAAAGUUAAAUGAUUUUAUUUAAUAUCUCUGUGGAGUUUUCUUGCAUUUUUGGAAUGUUUAAUGUGUUUAGUAGUUUGCUUUAAACAUUUGGAUUAUUGGACAUGGUUUAAAAUGUAUUGUUUGAUGCAUUGUAGGAAUGCAGGUUGUAGUUUAUAUUUUGAUUUUUAUUAUUGAUAUGUUGUUAGAUAAAUUAUACUUUUAUAGACUUUGUUGGCAUAAUUCUUUUUGGCAUUGAGAAAUAGUUCCCAGGAGAAAUAUUAUUUUAGUGUGCAUGAACAUUUUUUUUAAAGAACUCUGAAUUUUGAAACGUUCCCUCACAAAGGCAUCUAUGGCAAAGUUGUUAAGGUUGCCAAUAUUAAACCACUUGCCUCUCCACAGCUGUUUUUUUAGUCAUGUGAGCAUUGUUGGUUUCUAUAUAUGAGAAGACUAUCCAGCUAGCAUAUGGAACAUGAUUCUACUCCUGCGCCCGUUUAUAUUUAAAAUAAUGAACAGAAGGAAACCUUGUUCUUCUUACACCAGUUAAGCUGGAAUGUCACAAUAUCACUUAUACUGUGUUAGUGUGUAGAAAAUGGCUUAAAUAUAGCAAUUGUUUUAAGUAAUGAACUGGCAAAUUAGCCAAAUGUCAGUAAGUUUAUGUCAUUUGAUACUAGUUUUAAUAUCUAAAAGUUGUAAGGUUUAACAUAAUUUUGUUUUAUUUGUGUGAAGAAAACUUAAUUGAAUCCCUCUAGAGCCGUUUUUCUAGACUACUUGGUAUUCAAUCAGAUGAGCAUGGCAAGUGUCAAUCCCAUGAUUCAUGUAAUGAGAGGCAGACAACCAGCCUGCUAGACCAUAUCUCCUUCUUUAAAUACGGGUAGUCGGAAGUUUUUUUAAAGAUAUAAAAGUUUCAUUUGAUGUAAAUAUUAAAAAUUACAAUAAUUGCAAGUCAUUGCAAUGUUUACAGAUAUGUGUAUCUUAUUAAAAGAUAUAUUAUCAUUUACCAGAUAUGAGAUAGUUGGUAGCUUUACUUGGGUGCCUAAUUUGUGCUUGUAAUUUAGAGCACAUACGAGAACACAAGGUUGUCCUUAACCAAUUAUAUAUGUAAAGUCACCAUAUGAACUUUAUAGUUUCUAUGUGACUUAAAACCCAGCCCAAAAAAGCUGCCCAGAUAUACUCUUGUCACAAACUUUAUAUCAUGAAAGAAUUUAACCGUUUAUUGCUGUAUGUAAGUGUUAUUAUUUUAUAUGAAUAUUAAAUGUCUUACAUUGUUUGAAAAUGGGACUUUUUAUUCAAAAUUUAUUACAUGAAUUAAAAAAAAAUCUCCAUUUUGUUUUGCUUUUUUUUUGUGAUAAUAGAUGUUUUAUCUUGUAUCAUGAUUUGGGAAGAUAACUUUUUCAAGGUAAUUUACUUUAAUCUUGAAAAUUAAGUAGAUUUAUCUCCCCUUUGUUAACAUUGGUAAAGAUACCAUUAAAACAAUUAAUCUAGCAUAAUAAAUAAAUUGUAAAUUAUAUAUACCUUAUGCAUGAUGUAAUUAAUGUGUUUUUAAUGUAUGUUUAGUUCCUAGUCAUGUGUAAUUAAUUACUAUAUAGUGCAAUCAUUGUUAUUUUAUAUGUUGGAUAUUCAUAUAUAAUAUGUAUAUCUUAUUUUAUGUGUUAAACUCUUGUAAAUGUGACAGAAUGAAGGUAAUACAAAAUGUAUUUGUAAAAAAAUAGAUGUAAUUGUGAAGAUAUAUGUGCAAAUAAUGAUCUGAUCUAGAUAAGAAAACAAUAUGCAGGGGCAUACAUUCAGAAAACAUUUUUCCUUCCAUACUGGUUUUCUGUACAGUUUUCUCCCAGUGAAAGCUUGAAAAAAAAAUCUGGAAAAAAAUAGGUAUCCCUGAGAGCAUUAAAUUAUUGAUCCAACUAGAAAAAAAACACAGUAUGAGGCACAUGUAAAUGUAAUUGACAGUCUGUAUUGUUUUGUUGUUGUUGGUUUUUUUUGCUUGUAGCAUGUGAUGUUUUAUAAUUACCCUUCUUCAUUUGUCAUAGGAAUGGUUGACAUCUUUUCUUGUCCAGUUUUAAUGCUUUUUUAUGCUAAUUUUUUUUACUUUACUUUAAGACAGGUUUUAUGUUCUUGUUUUGUCAUAUUUGUCUAUUACCUAGAUUGUCAAAUAUCAGUUAAACUAAUGUUGGCGUUACAGUAAUUUAUGGCCAAACUUAUUCAGAAAUAUUUGCUCACCAGAAAUUUGAAUUUUUAGCUCAACUAUACGAAGUAUAUGGAGAGCUGUUCUACUCGCCCCGGCGUCCAGAUUUCAGAUUAAAGUGUUGGUGCAGUAAAAUAUUUUUCACUAUAACUUUGUCAUUUCUUAAGGUAUCAACUUCAAACUUCAAAUAUAUGUUCCUUAUCAUCAACCACAUCUUAUGUGACAAGGUUCAUAACUCUAGCACCAAUAUUUUCAGAUUUAUCUCCCCUUGAACUUAGAAUUUUCCUUAAAAAAUACUAUUUUUUACUGUAACUUCUUUAUUUCUUAAGGGAUCACCCUCAUACUUCAAAUAAAUGUACCUUAUCAUCAUCCCCAUCUUAUGUGACAAGGUUCAUAACUCUAGCACCAAUAUUUUUAAGAUUUAUCUCCCUUUAAACUUAGAAUUUUCCUUAAAAAAAUAUUAUUUUUUACUGUAACUUAUUUAUUUCUAAAGGGAUCAACUUCAUACUUAAAAUAUAUGUACCUUAUCAUCAUCCAUAUCUUAUGUGGCAAGGUUCAUAACUCUAGCACCAAUAUUGCAAGAAUUAUCUCCCCAUAAACUUAGAUUUUUUUACUAGAAAAAUAUUAUUUUUUACUAUAACUUUUUUAGUUUUAAAGGUAUCUACUUCAAACUUCAAAUACUUAUUCCUUAUCAUCAAUUUCAUUUUAUGUGACAAUGUUCAUAACUCUUGAAGCAAUUUUCACAGAUUUAUCUCUCUUUGAACUUAAGAUUUUCUUUAAGAAAUAUUAUAACUUCUUUACUUUUUAAGGUAUCUACUUCAAACUUCAAAUAUAUAUUUCUUAUCAUAACACACAUGUUGUGUGACAAGGUUCAUAACUCUAGCGUGACUAUUUCUAGAAUUAUUUCCCUUGAUCUUGGAAUUUAUGUUAACAAAUGUUAUUUUUUUACUAUAACUUAAUACAUAAUAAUACAUAAUUGAUUUUUCUAUCAUAGUUUUGUUCUCCAUACUGAGUCCAGUAUUUUAUUAGUCGAGCUUGGCUGUCUCCUGUGACAGCUCUUGUUGAUAUACCUUGUAAUAAUAAGCAACAUAUGUUAUAAAUUUAAGAUACAUUGUAUGUAUAAUGCCUGUUGUAUCUUUAAAUAGAUUAAGAGGAUUUUUUAAGAUUUUUAAAUAGGAUAUGAAAAAUGAUGUUUACCGGUAACUAAUUUGUAUGCCCCCACUAAUUCCUUUGCCUGUUUGUUAACUGGAAGAAAAGAAAACAACAGUGGAUUGUGGGGGCAUCUGUGUCCUAUGGACACAUUUCUAAUUUAGUUUAAGAUAUAACAAUUAUUACUGACUAAUAUAUACUUUUGUUCUGACAUGAUUUUGCUUGUUUAAAUACUCAUUUUAUUCCCAUGACAAUCCUAACAUUAUCGACUAUAGUAGUAAACGGGCAAUAUUUUGGGUUAUUGCAUAUAUUUUGACGAGAUAUUAAGUAUUAAUGCACUAUAAAAUUAUGUAUAUAUAAAUUAGUAGAUACUUGUUUCUUAUGAAUGAAAUAUAGGAUGUAUCUUACAGAUUAUGUAAGGUAUAUAUUCAUAUUGCAUACAAAGCAUGUAAUAGUUUAAGCUUUAUGGUAGUACACUUAACAAAAUUUUCUAUACUUAUAUUAUAUGAAAUAUUUUUAUGUUAAGAUUUUAUGUAACUUUUACAAACCAGUCACCGAUUCUUGCAGUCAACCAUGAAGGUAAAAUGUCACUUUCUUUGUGAAUUCAAUAAAACAAUAGACUUUCAUGUACUCCUGUACAGUUUCUAAUUUUGAAUUGAAAAGUAAAUCUGUUUUUCUUAAAAAGUAAUUCUAUAUAAAGUUUGGAAAUAUUGUUUAGUGUAUUUAGUACUAGAUUUAAUAGUUUUUUUCUUCAUUUGAAGAAAAAGACAAGAUAGUAGAUUAUAGAUAUACAAUUCUUUCAAAGGCACUAGACAAGAUAUGACAUUAGGUAAUAGUAUUUCAGGGGUCAUUGGUCUCUGUCUGAGGAUUGGUCAGAUUUACAGUUGUCUCCCUUAUUCCAGAUAUUCUAUUCAUGGAUCAUUUAAUUGAUACAAUACUGGUCUUAUAAUUGUUGUUAAUUAUAAUUAUAUACAGUAUAAUAUGUUUCAUUAUUUCAGUUCACUGAAUUCUACACGUGUGGCAAUAUUACGCGGAACUAACCUGAAUUUUUGUGGUGUGUUUUAUGUAAGAUAUUUAACAUUCCAGUUAUGGUAUAAUUAUAAUACUGCAAGCUGUAUUUGUGUGUGUUGUUAUUGCUUAUCAUGUUUUAAUAACAUUACAAGAAAUAUGCGAUCUUUGUCUUAUAUAAGGAAUCAUAUAAAACUAUUAUAUUUCUGGUGUACUUAAUAACCUAGUUUCAUUCAAAGACAAGAGGUUACUUAUAUUUUUUAGUUCUACAAAGAACACCUACAUAUUCUUUACAUCAGUAAAGCUGGACAUUAGACAUGUCAUUAUUUUUUCAAAAAUUCUGCUUUUUCUGAUACUUAAUAAAUAUAAUUAUGUUAUAUGCCAUGAUACAAUACAUGAACGCCUCCUUCCCCCCUUUAACCUUGAUAUUGAUAUUGUAAGGGGGAGAACUGAUAAGGAAUAUAGUUAACCAUUUUUUUGAGUUACUUCCCUUGCACUUAAGCAAAUGUUCCUCUGUAUUUUAUUUACACAUUUUUCAUGGUUCACUGUGACAGGCUGGUUACUGUCAAGCUUAUUGCCCAUUACUGCUGUGGAUUUAAAUCCAGCAAGGCACCUAGAAAUCUUUCAUAUGAGGAAGCUAUCCAGCUAGCUUAUUUAACAUUGGUAGUUUCUACUCUGGUGCCCAUUUGUGCCUAAAAUAAUGAAAAGGGGCACCAGAGGUCUUUAUCCUCCCUUAAAGCCAUAUGACAUUUACAGUUUUGGUGUGACUGAAAACCUAACCAAUCAAAUCCAGUCAUACUUGCUUGACACAUACUAUACAAAUAUAGAAUAUAGGCUGAAUUAAAAAAAAACUCUUCUGAUAACAGUCUUGUUUGAGAUAUUUUGCACUUCUUAAUUCAUCAAACCAUUGCCAUUUUUUUAUGCUUUUAACCGGUUUUGAAUUGUUAUAUUUUAGGAUAUCUUAAUGAUCUGGGCUGGCAUUCUCUUGUCAAUAAUUUUGUAAAAUUCUGUUUUUGUGAUUUACAGUAAAAAAAUUGCUUUUGAGUAUCUAUAAUUUAAAAAAAGUUACCUUGCUGUAAAUGAAAAUAUUAAAUGCUUCAUCCAAUGAAGACUAACUGUUCCAACCUGUGUUUUAUGUAAUGUUAGAUUAUUUUUAUGAUAAAAAAAAGUACCAAAAUUUACAGAAAAAAUAAAUGAAUAUGUGUUGUGGUAAAAUGUUGUGUUUGUUUUUUUUUAUUUCAAUAUUUGAAAGUUGAAUUACAAAAUUAUGAAGACAUUAUGAUUCAAGAUAAAAAGAAAAGAGCAAAUUUUGGAUGCUUGUUUUCUGAUAGAAUUUAUAUUGCAUAUGAAAAAGUGAUUAAAAAAGACAAGCAAUCUGUCAAUGUUUC